AUGACGCCCCAGGCGGGAUCAAGAACACAUCCUGAAUCGGCACUCCUAGGUCUCCCCCGCGAGAUUCAGGAUAUGAUCUACGAACGAUACGUACCAGACAUAGACGGCUUCGUAUACGAUCCGAAGACCCACAGCUUCAUGACUACGAACGGCGAGCCUGUCAACAUCCCACUUGCGUACACCUGCCGCACCAUCUACGAUGAACUAUGGAAGCAUGUCUGCGAGGUCAAAAGCAUCAUUUUCUACACAGCCUUCUCAGAGGAAACACGCCAAGAUGCUGGCCUAUGGCACGCUGGUAUUCACAAGCUCGAUCUUUACAAGGACCACUUGGUAGAUGUGAUGGCUCGCCAAUUCUUGACAAAGAAGCUGGAAGAGGAGAUAGCGUCCCGGUACCCACAGUUCAAGACAAUUCUCGCCAAUUGGCGAUCGAAAUGCGAGGUCACGAUGAACUCCAAGGGCCACGAAUGGGGAGAAACACCAUCCAUCUACCGCGACUUCAUCUGCCAUACCUUGAGGACCAUAUCAAAGGACCCAGAAUUUGUUCGAACAGGCCAAAAAUGGGUGAAUAGUUUGUGGGUUCCACCACACAAAUACACUGUCUUUCGCAACAUCUUCGAACUCAUCAGCUUGUAUCCUGAGCCGUGGAAACUACCCAGCAAGAAGGAGAUCAGCCGUCUGGAAAAGGUUUCCGGGGUGACUCCGGAAUUAUCUGCCGUGGUUGCAAAUGAGCCUCGUUUCUACCACGACGAUGCGAACUACGGGUACUCCGCUGCCUCUGUUGCCAUCAAGUUUCUAGAGGACCCUCCAAUGAUGGUGCGCAAGCACAUCCGAAACAUCCGGAACAUCAAACUGAUGGAAGACCGGGAGUCGAUUGCGCAUCCGGAAUGCCACAUUCGGGGCCUUAUCCCUCACCUGCGCGAGAUGCCCAGCCUACGCGUUGAGCGACAUGUCAAUCUUUGGAUGACUGCGUAUUCUUUCAACAACCCCGGAUGGGACCAAGUGCCUUUUUCUCGUUCGGGUACCAUAUUCAGUCGAAGUUACACAAGUCUAAAGUUCGCAACGAAAGCAAUCGCGCGCUGGAUGACUGAGGCAAACGCCUUGAAGUCCCUGGGUAUGCCAUCCGGCGCCUUUACGCUGCUGUUUGACGGCAAUCCUUACCCCGAGUUGGCACACCACGUCUUCCGAACCAUCUUCCAAAGAGAUACCGCUUGGCAAAUCGCCCUGGAUAUGAGUUACGGAUCCGAGGACGGUCUUCCCCAAUCUUCAUGGUUACACCGGCGGCGUCGUCUUGGCUACAUGUACGAAAAAACGCCAUCGCUGGUACGCGAUAUGAACCUUGGAGUCGGAAUCAUACACUGCAAUUUCGAUAUUGGGCAUGAGCAUGAUGCCGAGGCUAUUGUCUUGGAAUGUCAGCAUAUGGACAUUACGGGGUGGAUGAAGAAGUGGGGCGAACACCAGAUUAGUUGGUAUGACGUGGAAUUGCUGCUGCCCAACUUGCGUGCCCUGAGAGAAAAGCACUUGAUCCCAACUUGA